AUGAUCGCUAGUGGUUUAAGAACAAAUACACGUUUGAAAGUGUUAGAUCUAUCGAAAAAUCUUAUACGGUGUGAAGGAGCUUUAGAAAUUGCUAAAGUCUUAGCCAACAGCAUUAAUUUGCAAUGGCUCAGUUUACACUGGAAUCAAAUACGUUCAAGUGGAGCCUUUGAAUUUGGAAAUUCAUUAGAGUGCAACAAGUCACUUUUGUACCUAGAUAUUUCAUGGAAUGGAUUUAAUGGAAAAUGUUUGGAAAAUCUUGGCAAAGGUUUGAGUCGAAAUUGUCAUUUAGAAGAAUUAAACUUGAAAUAUAAUCGUAUUGAUUUAAAGACUAUUAUCUCAUUUGCAGACUGUUUAUACACAAAUAAAUCCUUAAAGAAAUUAUGUCUUGGUUUCAAUCCAUUGACAAUGGCAGGUAUUCAUGAAUUAAUUUAUGUAAUUGAAAACUCAACACAAUGUAUACUUGAAGAAUUAGAUUUAGAAGGAUUGACAAUUAAUGAAAACAUUUUACAACAAGUACAUCGUAUUAAUCGCAAACGACAUUUCGUAUUAAAAGUCGCCAAAUGUAUCAGAUGGGAACCUCGCCAAGGAAAAUACAGUAAAACAGAUCCAGUGACAUUUUUAAUAAAUUACCUCAGUAGACAUGGAAUGCGUAUAUUAGAUUUAUACCAUUUGUUAGAUCCUCAACAAACUGGAGUGAUAAGUGAAGCUCAAUUCACAGAAAGAAUGAUUAAAAAUCAAAUUCCGUUAAAUCCUGAUGAUCUCAAAAUAUUGAUUAAUUAUAUUGAUUCAGAGAGAACUGAUAAAAUAACUUAUAAACUGCUUGCAAGCCGAAUUUAUUAUUUUCGAAUCAGUGUUGGUGAACAGUUACGAAUUAAAGCAACCGAAUUGUCAAAGCAUCAAUUAGAUCAACACAGAUUAUUUGUACGUCCAGAAGGACCAGAUAUAAUUGACAAACCACCAAAAGGAUUUCCUUCUAAAACAAAAAGAUCUGUUGCUAAUUCAAAAAAACAAUUAUCCAAAACGUCAAAUGCAAACCUUAUAACGGAUCCAGGUAAAAGUAGCCGAAACUUUGCAAACGGCCAAGAAAAAGUGUAUCCGAAAGCAAAUUCUAGUGACGAGUUGCAGAAAGAAAAAAAUGAUCUGCCCAUAAAUUAUACAGAAACUUUGAAAACAAAAGAGAGCAAACCUAAUUGUGCAUCCAUCAUCACUAAAGUAUCUAGCUAUGAUUCAGGUGAAAUUUUAGACCGAAUGAAAAAGUUGGAUCAUGGGAGUACAUCAGAUAAACACAAACCUUUAAAUAUACCGAAAUACAAAGAUUUUGGCAAACCAGUUAACGAAACUACAGUUAAUUCCAAACUUCAUAUUAUUCCAAUAACUGAAGUUUUCGAUAAGAAAUAUUUUCAAGAUUUUCUUUAUUCGUAAUUCAUACACAAAAAUAUAAAACGGUUAUGACACACAAACUAAAUUAAUCAUGAUUCGCGUUUCGCAAAUACUUUAAACGUUUUUCUGUUUGUUGAACGAAUAAGUCAUCUGUCUGCUCCAACCUCAUUAAGAGCUAACUGUAUAAACAUAAUAAUUAUCAAAAUGUUUUCACAUUUAAUUAGAUUCAUUACUUAAUUAAACCUCUUACCCCCUUGGAAUGUAGGCCAUCGACCUUAAAUCUCCAACCAUAUCUAUCUUAGGCUUUCCUUGCCAAUCGUUGCCAAGUCCUAUUCAUGUUUUGACAUUCGUCUCCAUUUCUCGAUGUCAUCCGGUUUUUGCCGGCCUCAUUCCUUUCUGAAUUACAUAUUAAAAGUUAGGACUUGCUUUGUGGUACAGUUUGCUGAUUUUCAUAAUGAGUAUUCCAGUCUUCUCCAUUACGUUUUUUAAAUUCCUUCUUUAGCUGGUGUUUGUUUGAUUCUCUGUCAUGGUAGGUUUUUGCUGAUCUUGUGUAGAAAGCUAUGUACAAAUACCUGAACAUAUUUGGUGAUGGUUGU